AUGUCAACAAUCAUAAAAAAGGAAGUUAUUAUAACAUCUCAUCCAAGAAGACAAGUUGGAAAUCCAAUAAUUUUAAUAAUAGAUUUAAUAUCAAUAUUAAUUGGAUUUUAUGGUAUAUAUACAAAUAUGAUUUAUGUUGAAUUACCACCACAUUUAAAAGAUGCAGGUCAAUGGCAAUUCCUAACAAAUUUAUCAUUAAUUUAUUCUAUAAUAACAUUUAUAAUUGGAUUUUUGGCACAUUUAUUUAAAAAUCAAACUUUAUUCUUAAUUAAAAAUGAUUUACAUCCGAUUGGUUUAGCUUUAGAAAGUAUUGUUGCUGGAGUUUAUUGGCCAUUAAGAUUAUUUUUUUUAAAUUUAUUAACUAAAGAUCCUUCAAAAUUUAAAAUGCCCAUUGUUACAGAUUUAUCAAUUCAUUUAAUGCCAAUUAUAAGUUUAUUAAUUGAUUAUUUAGUAUUUAUGCCAAAAUGGACAAUAAGUAUAAAUACAGCAUUAGCAUUUGUUGUUUCUUUUACUACAUUUUAUUGGUUUUUAUUAAAAAAUUUAAUUGAUUUGGAAAAAGGUGGUAGAUAUCCUUAUGAAUUUAUGAAUGUUGAAAAAGAAAGUGAAAGAAUUAUUGUAUUCGUCGUGGUGGGAACUGUUGCCUUUGGCCAAUUCUUGUUAAUGAGACAAGUUUAUGAUUGGGUUGUUGGUAAAACUGAAGAAGCUUCAAUUAAAAUUGAUAAAGAAUUAGAUAAAAAAAAUUUAUAA